AUGGACGACCAAAUUCGCCCCUAUGUUACCGUCACUGGGACCAACCGCUCGCUUGAUACCCCCUGUCUGCAGCUGGAAAUACACAACGCCCCCCGCAUCCUCUGCACCAUUCGGCGACUUCCGACUCACAGGGGCUCCGAUAGCAGACCGUGUCUGUUCAAGUGGAGCCCCGUUGGGGAUGGCUUCGUGCCUAACGGAUUUAUCCUGCUCUGCCAUGUCCGAUCUGCUGAAGAGAGGAUCACGCUGCAGAGGGUCGAGAUCGCACCGGAUCCUGCAUACAACCCGGCCCUGGUCCAAUCCAGUUCGGUCCAGAUUUCCCCGUGGACUUCGAGUCUCUGGGAGUUGAAGACCGGAGACUCGGUGUCCUUUCGGACUAGCUUGCCUGAUCAUUGGGAAAGGCAGCUCCGGCCAGGAACGACAUAUGAGCUCCUUUGGCCGGGGGGCACGAUUGGGCUGUGGGAAUGGGGGACGAUACAGCAGCAUCUUGAAGAGGAGCUGACGCCUUGUUCAGGGUCCGGGAGGAAUCUCGUCGAAUUACCAGGGGGAGCGCGGACUCUGCUCUCGGUGGACAGUGUGCCCUCUCUUCCGGCGCCCAAGGUGUCUCCAGAGCCUGUUGGAGGCGGGGCUCGGGUGCCUGGAGCCCCAAUUCUCAGUGUGGAACUGCAAUGUCCUCCCACAAUCUAUUGCCAGGGUCCAUUCCAGAUCACUGGAAAAGUCCACUACCACCGCCCGAUCUCAUCGGAGGCCAGGGCGAUCAUAUUUCACACCUGGAUCUUCACAGACGAUUUCAGCCUCUAUCGGUGCAAAGGCACCGAUCUUCAAUUUAUCGACACUGAAUCGCCCAUCGACGGAUACGCUAUCUACGAUGAUCCGGACGUGCUCAGCAACGUGACCGCACACAACGAUUUCACCACCCUCCAGCCGGGGGAAUCGUGGGAAUUUUCACGGCAUAUCCAGGGGCAAAGCUGGACGAGUAUUCCCCGCGAUGCGCACGUGGGUGAGACCUUCGGCGUGCGGUACAAUGGUGGGACUGUCGACUGGUGGGAUUGGGGUGGGAAGGAGGACCAUGCCAACACAAGGGUGACGCUACCCUGUUAUUUAACUGGAAGGGUGGUCGACCCGGCCGAGAAUGAGGGAAGACCGCGGCUAGUCAUUCCGGCGUCGAAUCUAGCCAACUUCACCUUGGCUGAUUCGGACUGA